AUGAAGAGAGAGGGUCGCCAACACGGGAUGGUCCGCUCCUACCGGAUCCUACCACCGCCCUGGAAUCCCAAUUCCCAAGAGAGGUUCGUUAACAGGUUCGAUUCGCCUCCGACGGCCGGAGUUUUCACAAAGGUGUCGUCGAAGCCCACCAAUCACUCCAAGUUCACCGGGGCGUGCUGUCGGACGAAGUGCCUGGACUGCCAUCUGCUCCCGGCUUGCAAGUCAAAGGGCAAGACAAAGGGGACACAGAAGAUGAAACCGCGCGACAUGGUUUCCAAUCAUCGGUUGAUCACUUGGCGUCUGGUGGAAGGGAAACCGGGAUUGAAUUUUAAUGGGAUUUCUGCUACUGAGGUUUUGGAUCAUUUGAGCCGGGAGGAUUUUUAUGAUGAUCAGUAUUACAAUGAUGAAGAUGAAGAUGAAGUUGAAGCUUGUUACGAUGGUCAUUACGACGAAGAAAAAAUUGAAGAUAGCGGUCACGCAUGCCCCGACGAUGGACCGAUGGCCGAAGAAAAGGAAAUUGAAGCAGGAGGGAUUCAAAUCAGCGGUGAAUCCGAUGAAUGCGAUGUAGAUGACGAUGACAACAGUUUCUAUGAAGUGGGGUUUGUUUGGGAACAGGUAGAUGGGGAUGAAGGUUGGUGUUUGGUGCGAGAAAUGUGAAUGUCGAAUAUUUUAUUUAGGAAUUUUUUUUUAAAAAAAAUCCUAAAUAAAAUGUACUACGCACUGUUUGGGGUGUACAGGUGCAAAAGUAGAUUGACAAGAUUAUUAUUAAAGGGUCUUGUACUUUGAUUUGUGUCCAAUGCCAAACGGUGCUUAUUGUCUAGCUUUUUAAUUCAAUAUUAUAUUAUGUUAUAUUUUAUUUUGUCUUUACAAA